GCUUUCUUUCCUGCCCGAGCUGAGAUUUCAUACAAGCAAACGAGCCGGACACCGGAGGAGACGCCAAAAUCCUUCGUCCACACGACCUUUGCUAGACCUUUAGCACUUGUAGCGCUAAAUCCACUCCAGUCGGUGUAAUACGUCCUAUCAUUUCAAAUAAAAAAAAUGUCUUGGCAAAGCUACGUGGAUAACCUGAUGGCUGAUGGCAGCUGCCAGGAUGCCGCCAUUGUUGGAUACACUGACGCCAAAUAUGUCUGGGCAUCGUCAGAGGGUGGUACGUUUAGCGGUAUAACGCCUGAUGAAAUUGAUGUCAUUGUUGGUAAAGACAGAGAGGGCUUUUUCACCAGUGGACUGACUCUAGGCAAGAAGAAGUGCUCUGUGAUCAGAGACAGCCUUCAGGUGGAGGGAGACUGGACAAUGGACAUCAGGACAAAGAGCCAUAAUGGAGAGCCGACAUACAAUGUUUCCAUAGGCAGAGCUGGCAAAGUCUUGGUUCUUGUAAUGGGCAAAGAAGGGGUCCAUGGAGGCGGACUGAAUAAGAAGGCAUACUCAAUGGCAAAAUACUUGAGGGAUUCGGGGUUCUAAUGUAAUUAAGCUUGUUUAGUUUCACUUGAGGGACAGAAAGAAGAAAGAAGUUUGCUGUUAAGCUUUCUCCUUCAAGCAGUUAAUGUCUUGAAAAAAAUUAAUAGCAAUCAAUGGAAGAAUGAUGAUAAUUUCUUAUGUCCCCGUGUCAUCGGGGGGGAAAGACUUUUUUUUUUUUUUUCAGUUUUGUUCAUUUGUCGUUUUUUUUUCUUUCCUUAUGUACUCCAGUGUUGGUUUUAGUGAUGGGAAAGGAAGGUACCCAUGGAGGAUCGCUCAACAAGCAAGCAUAUAGCAUGGCUGAUUACCUGAGGAAAGUUGGAUACUAAAGCAUCCCCUUCUCAUCCACACAGCAGCUCACUUUAAAACACUACAACACACUACAAACCCAGUCAUCUUCCCCUAGCCUCUUCCUUGCCCCCUUUAGUCAACAUGACAACACUACCAGAAACAGUUAGUAGAUUUAUUGUUGUCUCUAUCAGAGUCUGUUAAUUUCUUGAAGGCUUUUUUUUUUUUUGUUGUUGUUGUUGUAUGCUCAUUGUUCUCUAAUUUUCUGAGUUUUGACAUGUUUUUUGUGCCACAGUAAAUCAAGCAUGUUGGUUUUAUGAAGGUUCAUGACAAACACUAAUGUACAUACAAUAGGUGUAAAAUGAAGAAUUAAAAAAAACUUGGACGACCCAGAAUUUGUGUAGGUUCACAAGUCCAUGAAGUGACUAUAUUGUCCAAUUUUUUUUCCUUAGGCACUGCUAAUGAUCCAGCUUAAGAUAGAUUGAUGCCUCUCAAGUGCUUUGAGUCCUUGCUGAGCUCUUAUGGUCUUCCUUGUAUACAGCAUGUCCAGGAUGGAAAAAGUGCAUGCAUAUCUUUUAGGUCAAUAUCAUCAUUUCCAGUAACAUUACCACCUUGUCUCAGCUUUGAAAAUGAAGUUAGCCAAUCAAAUAACACUUUCUUAUUGUUUUUACUCUGUUCUUGGUUUGACCCUGAGCUAAUUUGAUAAGCACCUUCAGCCCCUAACCCUGUGAACUGCUUUGCCCUUGCCCCAGCUACUUACACACUACCUUUUAAAUUUGAACACCUUCCAUAAAAUGCUUUUGCUGUUGUAUUUGGAUGUGGUCUUGUAAGUCAUUGGUCUAAUGUUGGAAUAUUUUGAGUAUGGUGGCAGAUCAGCAUUUACAAGGUUUGGGUUGAGUUGUUUCCCAAGAGCCUUCGCAUCCCGGACUCUUUAUGGACAUUCCAUCGCUAACAACAGCUCAGGCACUUAAUAAUUGUUGUUUGCCAGUUUCUUUUGUUUGUUUGUUUCUCUCAAGAAGUGUUGCCAUCCCAAUGUUCAGUCCAUUUCACUUUGGGUUCUCCAAUAGGACCAAUGUUUUUUUUUUUUUUUGUUUUUUGCAUCCAAAGGGAUUAACAGAAUUGCUCCAAACUGUUGUUGUAAAGGAGGAUGACUGCUAGUUUCAUCUGUUUUUGACUUUAUAAAACAAUUUUCAACACCUAUACAAAUACACAAUGUAAUCCUAAGCUCAUUUCUAUUAAACACUAUUGCUAAGUUCACUGACUUUAAAAAAAAAGUAUAUAAUAACUACCUGAACAUUAUUCAUGAAUGUCUUGAAUCGAUGAAAUGGCAGUCUUAUUGUUAAUAUCAUCACAAAUUUCUUAAACCCUUUUUACUUUUAAUCUGUUAUUUUCAAAAAAGAAAUAAUUUGGAAGUCAUUGCCUUGUAAACUAAAUUGCGAUGUAUCAAACUGUCCUAGCACGGUACAAAUGCUUCAUUAAAUAGACAAAAAAAUUAAAUCGUGUACACUAACUUUUUGGGAUUUGGUGGUAUUAGUUGGAAAAGACCACUAGUCUAAGUCAGUUGUAUUGUGGAAACUUGUUAAAUAAAGCUGUGUAUCCUGUGCCAUAAUGUAGAUCUGAUCUGUUGCUACUGUGAGAUGGGUUUUAAUCGCUGCCGUGUAAGGAGUCAAACCUUCAGUGGCUUCUCUGAGGUUAUAAAGUCAUACUCCAGGGCUUUUGGAAAAUGUACAGAUUAAAGAAACAUUAAUUCAUGUCUGGUUUUCUCAGUUUUUAAAUUUGCCCAACUGAUAUUCAGCUCCAUUUGCGUGGAAUGAGAAAUAAUGUCAUGGUUAAACCCCCUUGUUUACAGACAGAUCAAAUAAACUUAUUCCAAUCA